AUGGAGUCUUGUCGUGGUUGCCAGAAGUUGCAGCGAUCAUGGAUAUGGCAGUGUUUGAAGGUGGUGGACAGUUUCUCAAUCAUUUUAACGGCGAUGCUUAAGUUUGUGGUGGGAAAGGCUCUGUUUUGGAACAGAGGAUGUGAAGUGAAGUCAUCAUCGAGACGGAUUUUGACUGGUAUAAGUCAACGAAGAGUUUCGAAAUUGCAACGUGACGUUCUGUGGAAGAACCAUGUGAAGAUUUUCGGGGUUUUGAGUGAGCUUGUUUCACCUGAUGAAUCUGUUUUGUCUAGUUUGAAAGUAUGUGAUGAGAUGAUCGCUGAUUCGUUGGAGUAUCUGAGGGAAACGAUCGAACGUUUUGAUGAGUUUGGAAGGAGAGAGCUUGUGAGCAAUAGCUUAGCCAUUGUGACUAAAAUCUUUGGUGGAUUGACCAAACAAGAUGAUAACAAGAGUGCACUUGGUUUUUUAGAGACAGAAUCGAGUUUUCCGGAUUUGUUUGGUAAUGAGGACCGCAAAGGACUCAUGAUGACUUGCAACUUGACUCCUAAUGUAAAGGUAGCCAAAGAUGGAACUGGAAAGUACCGGACAAUCAGCGAGGCUGUGGCUUCUGUCCCUGAAAAAAUCAGUUCAAGAUUCGUUAUACACGUAAAGGAAGGUCAUUAUGUUAGAAAUGUUAACGUGACGAAAAUUAUUGUAAUGUACGGCGACGAGAUCACGAAGACGGUCGUCUCCGGUAGCCUUAACAGGAACGACAAACCUAACAUCAUUACCUUUCAAACCGCCACUUCCUCUGUUAAUGGAAAAGGGUUCGUUGGUAGGAGGGAUAUUGAAUUGACGCUUUGA